GCAACAUGGUACAUACUCCUUUCACCUAGGGGCCUCAUAUGACAUAUGUCUUCUUUCUAUACUUAUCAAGUUUAUGCUCUAUAUUCUUUCUCUAUUUAUUUAAAAGUUGUGGGGAAAAAGUAAAAACUUAAAGGAGAAAGAGCAAAGACGAUUAGAGAAAGAGAUGACGGAAGCGUUCAACAAUGCAACAAUGGAGACAGUAGCCCCAAAGGCACCAAUCACAUAUGAGAGACCUCUGAAAACUGAUUUGGACACCAAACUUCCCAAACCAUACUUGGCUCGAGCAACGGUUGCCGCGGAUAUAGACAAUGUAAAUGGGACAUUGAAUCACAAACAUCAUGAUAUGUCUGUGCUACAACAACAUGUUGCCUUCUUUGAUCAAAAUGGUGAUGGUAUUCUUUACCCCAUUGAAACAUUCAAAGGAUUUCGUAGCCUUGGAUUCAAUGUUGUUGCUUCUUUUUUCAACAUGCUUCUAGUUCAUUUGACCAUGAGCUAUGCUACAUCUCCGUCAUGGAUGCCAUCACUUUUAUUUCCUAUAUAUAUACAAAAUAUACAUAAAGCUAAGCAUGGAAGUGAUUCAGCAACCUAUGAUACAGAAGGCAGGUUUAUUCCAGUGAAUAUUGAGAACAUAUUCAGUAAAUAUAGUCAUACCGUGCCUGAUAAACUCACGUUCAAAGAGAUCUGGAAAAUGACAGAAGCAAAUCGCAAUGCCUUUGAUUUCUUUGGCUGGAUGGCUAGUAAAGCUGAAUGGGUAGGUCUUUACUAUCUUGCCAAGGAUGAUGAAGGUUUUUUGUCCAAAGAAUCAGUAAGGCGAUGCUUCGAUGGAAGCUUAUUUGAGUAUUGUGCCAAGAUGCAAAAGAAUGCCUCUAAGAAAAAAGAUUGACAUAUGUAUUCAUGAGUUAUAUAUACAACUCAGUAUUGUUGGUUUUGCAAAUUAAAGUGUAACUAGACGCUAAAUUUUGUUAAAUCAGUAUCUCCAACAAAAAUAUUGUACCAAAAACAAUCCAAUCUUAACUAUUAUGGCAAGUAUUUUACCUUUUCCUCCUUUA